AUGCCGUCGCGCAUCAGUGGCGCCUGUAAUGGGUGCCGAAUGAAGAAACAAAAGUGCAGUGGAGAUAAAUCAGGUUGUUCACAAUGCGCCACUGCUGGGAUACGGUGCACGUGGCCCGAACAGAGGAAAAGAGGUCCAGCCAAAGGUUACAUCGAAGGCCUCGAACACCGUCUCCAUGAAGCCGAGUCUCUUCUCCUUGCGCUCCUUCCAUUAGUUACGACCGAACAGCUGAAAUGUGCCACCAACUCCCUCAGUACCAUUUCAGCCUCAACAGCAAAUACAAACACCAACACCAACACGGCUGGUGGUGUUGGCAUCAAGUCGAAUUCUAGCUCCAGAGACUCCCAAUCACCCGCGCCUCGCUCAACCAUACGAAGUAACCGGCCCGUACUGAACAAGAAGACCGGCAUAGAAUACUGGGAAUCCUUCCCCCUCGAUACGGUCAACAAUAUCCGGAGAUGGCAACAAGACUGCAGUGGUACCAGUACGCACUUGGCUGGUAGUUCCGCCCACCCUCAAACAACAGCAGCAGAGAAAGCAACAGUAACAACGACAACAACAUCCACACCCACAUCAUCAUCGUUAAUGUCGUUAUUGUCGCCGACGCAACCACAACCCGUCUCUCUUGUGAAUCACGCAUCUAGCGGUACAAAUGCGCUGUCUACGCCAGGGUCUGUAGAUCCGAAUCUGGACGAUCCAAGCAGAGGACAAGAAACCCAUCAAACGACUACCUCAUUCCAAAAUGCACCUCCUUUGCACUCUCCAAGUACAGAUACCUUGGAUCGCAGAAGGAGGAGUAGUAGUCGCAGUAGCACUACUAGCGGGCCAAACACAAACACUGCUUCAAAUAAUGGGUCUGGGUCUUCACAUCAACAACCCCAGCAAGAACGGCGAGAUUCACAUCAUCUUUAUCCUGGGAUUCAUCGACCCCCGAUGAUCAGGUCUCCAUCGACCGUAUCAAUACGAAAUGGAUCUUCAACUCCAAAGUCGGCUUCAAUAUCGAUCUCGACAGCCUCACCAUUAUCAUCGUCCACCAGGCAGCAGCAACCUACGCAGCAGGAUCAAAAUCAAUCACAAUCACAGUCACAGUCACACUCCCACCAUCACCCUACAACCACUAGUACAACUUCAUGGAUUGAGACGGUACAAUCUGAUUCUCAACCCAGGACUUAUGGCGAGACUGGUCUCCAGACAGAGGCCGCGACGGGGACGAAGAUAGGGACGGGUACAAAAGCCACCGUCGACGCAGCCGCUGCUGCCGGCGUCACGGCCACAGACACGCCCACCCACAUCGACACCGUCAUGGAUGCGACUACUGCCGCAACCGGAAUUCCAUCUGCCGUUGUCCGCCCUGGUCCUGCAGAUUCAGAACCCGAACCCAUGGACCUCGACACCACGACCACGGCCAGGUUUUUCACGAGUGAUUUGCAACGGAGGUUAUUUUGGUGA